AUGCUGUCUCUGACAAACCACCUGGCCCAGCUCAGCGUGUCUGGCUCGCGGGCGUUCUCUACCACCUCGGCGUGCGCCACCCGAUCGUUCAAACAUGUGACCCGACGAAAGGCCUUCAACCAGGACCUGUACCUGAACCCCCGAAACCAGCCUGCUGUCGGCGACAAGAAGAGCGACUUCAAGGUCGUUAUCCCCAACAGAAAGUCCAAGUACCCUCCUUACCCUUACGGCGUGUCUUUCGUAUUCAAGCGAGGUGACCGGGCGCUGUUUGGCGGCCGAACACUCGGUAACGGCUACCGGUCGUCCGAGUUCCGAAACAAGACGCUCCGAAAGUGGAAGCCCAACGCCCAGAAGACGACGCUGCCCAGCGAGGCGCUCGGCAAGAAUGUGCGUAUCACAACCGUGCCCCGAGUCCUCUCCACCAUCCGACGCGAGGGCGGUCUCGAUGCAUACCUCACCAAGGACACUCCUCUGCGAAUCAAGGAGAUUGGCGUGUUUGGCUGGAACCUGCGACACAAGAUUCUCUCCGCCAGAAACUACUACCAGGACAAGGAGUUCCAGCCCGUGCAGACCCCCCAGGGCGUAUGGAAGCACUCGUGGGGUAUGGUGAAGCUGGACGGCAAGCAGGGCGACCUCAUUGCCAAAAAGGCCACUCUCGCUGAUCACCUGUACGCUGUGCAAUGCUACCAGCAGAUGAAGGAGGGCCACCAGCCCAUGGCCCGGGGCUUCUUCAACCAGAAGACUGCCGGAUGGAGUGCUGUCAAGUUUUUCAACUCCCUCAGAGACGCUAAGGUGGACGUUUCCGAGUACGUGCUGUUUGGCGGCGUGCUGCGAAACAAAAACUCGGCCGUUGACAUGUUCAAGCAGGCCCGACAGACCGGCCAGACUCUGUCAAAGUAA